GCCACCCAUCCCCCGCGGUACUAUCGACCACCUGAGCCACAUGCCCCACCUGUACCAAUUGGAGGAAGAGGGACUCCCAGAGGCACAGGCUCCACCUGCAUGGGUUGGGGGAAGGAAUGGGUAGACCACAGUGUAAGAAUGCAUCUGACAACGUAAAGAUCAAUAUGGCACCACCAGAAACUAGUGGUUCUACAACAGAAAGACCUGAACAUCCCAAUGCAGAUGAACCAGAAGAAAACGACCUUAAAAAUAACUUUAUGAAGAUGAUAGAGGCCCCUAAAGAGGAAAUGAAAAAUUCCCUUAAAGAAGUGGAGGAAAAGACCAAAAAAAAGUGGGAAGGAAUCAAUAAAUCCCUUAAAGAAAGCCAAGAGCCCAAGAAAAAAAAAGAAAUCAAACAGAUAAAGGAAACAAUGCAAAACUUGAAAAUUAAAAUAGAGGGAAUUCUGGAAAAGGAAAAUCUGAGUAAACAGGAACUACAGAGGCAAGCAUAACCAAAAGAAUAUAAGAGAUGGAAGAGAGAAUCUCAGGUAUUGAGGAUACAAUACAGGAAGUAGAUUCAUCAGUCAAAGAAAAUGUUAAAUCCAACCAAUUUUUAACAUAAAACAUCCAGGAAAUCUGGGACACCAUGAAAAGACCAAAUCUAAGAAUAAUAGGGAUAGAAGGAGAAUUCCAGCUCAAGGCAAAGAAAAUACAUUCAACAAUAUCAUAGAAGAAAACUUUCCCAACCUAAAGAAGAACAUGCCUAUGAAGGUACAAGAAGCUUACAGAACACCAAAUAGACUGGACCAAAAAUAAAAGUUUCCUCACUACAUAAUAAUCAAAACACUAAACAUACAAAAUAAAGAAAUAUUAUUAAGAGCUGCAAAGGAAAAAGGCAGACCUAUCAGAAUUACACCAAACUUCUCAAUGGAAACUCUGAAAGUCAGAAGGUCCUGGGCAGACAUUCUGCAGACACUAAGAGACCACGGAUGCCAGCCUAGACUACUAUAUCCAGCAAAGCACUGAAUCACCAUAAAUGUAUAAAACAAGAUAUUCCACAACAAAACCAGAUUUAAACAAUACAUAUCCACAAAUCCAGCCCUACAGAAAGUACUAGAAGAAAAACUCCAACCCAAAGAAGUUAGCUGCACCCACAAAAACACAGACAAUAGAUAAUUUCACACCAGCAAAUCCCAAAGAAGGGAAACACACACACACACACACACACACACACACACACACACACACACACACUACCCCCACCAUCACCCAAACCAAAAAAUAACAGGAAUUAACAAACAAUGGUCAUUAAUACCUCUUAAUAUCAGUGGACUCAAUUCAUCUAUAAAAAGACACAGGCUAACAGAAUGGGUAUGAAAAUAGGAUCCAUCUUUCUGCUGCAUACAAGAAAGACACCUCAACUUCAAAGACAGACAUUACCUUAGAGUAAAGGAUUGGGAAAAGAUUUUCCAAUCAAAUGGACCUAAGAAGCAAGAUGGUGUAGCUAUCCUAAUAUCUAACAAAAUAGACUUCAAACUGAAAUUAAUCAAAAGAUGGAGAAGGACAUUUCAUAUUCAUCACAGGAAAAUCCAUCAAGAUGAAGUCUCAAUUUUGAACAUCUAUGCCCCAAACACAAGGGCACCCAUAUACAUAAAAGAAACAUUACUAAAGCUUAAAUUGCACAUCAAACCCUACACACUAAUAGUGGGAGACUUCAAAACCCCACUCUCAUUACUGGACAGGUCUGCCAAACAGAAACUUAACAGAGAAAUAAGGGAACUAACAGAAGCUAUGACUCAAAUGGACUUAACAGACAUCUAUAGAACAUUUCACUCAAACACAAAAUAAUGCAUUUUCUUCUCAGCACCUCAUGGAACCUUCUCCAAAAUUGACCACAUAUUCGGUAACAAAGCAAAUCUCAACAGAUAAAAAAAAAUUGGAAUGACCCCCUGUACCUUAUUGGAUCACCAUGGGUUAAAGUUAGAAUUCAACAACAACAUAAAUUGCAGAAAGUCUACAAACUCAUGGAAACUGAACAACUAUCAACUGAAUCAUCACUGGGUCAAGAAAGAAAUAAAGAAAGAAAUUAAAGACUUCCUAGAAUUCAAUGAAAAUGAAUCUACAACAUAUCCAAACUUAUGGGACACAUUGAAAGCAGUGAUAAGAGGGAAAUUCAUAGCACUAAAUUCCCACAUAAAGAAAAUGGAGAAAUCUCACACUAACAACUUAAUAACACACCUGAAAGCUCUAGAACAAAAAGAAACAAACUCACCCAGGAGGAGUAGAUGACAGGAAAUAAUUAAAUUGAGGGCUGAUCAAUAAAAUAGAAGCAAAGAGAACAAGACAAAGAAUCAAUGAAACAAAGAGUUGGUUCUUCAAGAAAAUAAACAAGAUAGACAAAUCCUUAUCCAAAUUAACCAAAAGAUAGAGAGUGCCAAAACAAUCCUAUAUAAUAAAGGAACUUCUGGAGGCAUCACCAUCCCUGACUUCAAGUCUACUAUAGAGCUAUAGUAAUAAAAACAGCUUGGUAUUGGCAUAAAAACAGACACGUGGAUCAAUGGAAUCAAAUUGAAGACUCUAACAUUAAUUUACACACCUAGGAACACCUGAUUUUUGACAUGCUAAAAUUGUACAAUGGAAAAAAGAAAGCAUCUUCAACAAAUGGUGCUGGCAUCACUGGAUGUCAACAUGUAGAAGACUGCAAAUAGAUCCAUAUCUAUCACCAUGCACAAAACUCAAGUACGAGUGAAUCAAAGACCUCAACAUAAAUCCAGUUACUCUGAACCUGAUAGAAGAGAAAGUGAAAAUGGCCUCUAAUGCAUUGGCACAGGAGAUCACUUCCUAAAUAUAACACCAGUAGCACAGGCACUGAGAGCAACAAUUAAUAAAUGGGACCUCCUGAAACUGAGAAGCUUCUGUAAGGCAAAGGACAUGGUAAAGAAGACAAAAUGGCAGCCUACAGAAUGUAAAAUGAUUUUUACCAAUCUCACAUUUGACAGAGGGCUGAUCUCCAAAAUAUAUAAAGAAAUCAAGACACUAGACAUCAAAGUAUCAUAAAAUCCAAUUAAAAAUUGGGUGCAGAUCUAAAUAUGUUCAACAUUCUUAGCCAUCACCAAAAUGAAGAUCAAAAUGACUCUGAGAUACCAUCUUACAUGGAUCAGAAAGACUAAGAUCAAAAACACUGAUGACAGCUUAUGUUGGAGAGGAUGUGGAGAAAGGGGAACAUUCCUUCACUCCUGGUGGGAGUCUAAUCUUGUACAGCCACUUUGGAAAUCCGUACGGCAGUUUCUCAGAAAAUUGGGAAUCAAUCUACCUCAAGACCCAUGAAUACCACUCUUGGACAUAUACCCAAAUAUGCUCAACCACACCACAAGGACACUUGCUCAACUAUGUUCACAGCAGCCCUAUUUGCAAUAGCCAGAACCUGGAAACAACCUAGAUGCCCCUCAACCAAAGAUGAAUAAAGAAAACAUGGUACAUCUACACAAAGGAAUAUUAAGCAGUGGUAAAAAAAAAAAAAACAAUGACAUAAUGGAAUCUGGAGGCAGAUGGAUGGAAUUUAAAAAAUCAUCCAAGUGAGGUGACUCAGACUCAGAAGGACAAACACAGUAUGCACUCAUUUAUAAAUGGCUAUUAGACACAAAGUGAAGGAUAACCAGGCUGCAAUCCACAACCCCAGAGAAGCUAGGUAAAGAGUAUCCAAGAGAAACAUUCAUGGAUCACCCCAGAAAGGGGAAAAGGUUAAGAUCUCCUGGGUAAACUGGGAGAGGGAGGAGAUGGGGGUGGGAUCAAGAUGGCAACAUUUGGGGGAUGAACAGAGUGGGAGAGCAAUGAAAUAGAUAUCUCGACAGAGUGAGCCAGUAUGGGGAGAAACCUGGUUCCAGGGAAAUCCCCAGGAACCCACAAGAAUGUUCCCACCUAAGACUCCUAGCAAUGGUGGAGAGGGUGCCUGAACUAGCCUUCCCCAUACUCAGAUUGGUGACAACCCUAAUUGUAAUCACAGAACCUACAUUCAGUGACUGAUGAAAGGAAAUGCAGAGACCCACAGCCAAGCACUUGGCCAAGAUCCUGGAGUUCAUUUUAAGAGAGGGAGGAGGGACUAUAAGAGCAAGGGGAGGUCAAGAUCAUGAUGGGAAAAACCACAGAGACAGCUGACCUGAGCUAGUGGGAGCUCAGGGACUCUGGACUGACAGCUGGGGAGCCUGGAUGACACUGAACUAGCCCCCUCUGAAUGUGGGUGACAGUUGUGUGGCUUGAUCUGUUUGUGGGGCCCCUGGCAAUGGGACCAGGACCUAUCCUGGAUACAUGGACUGGCUUUUUUGAGUCCAUUCCCUAUGGUAGGAUGCCUUACCCAUCCUUGAUGUAGUGGGGAGGGGCUUAGUCCUGCCACAACUUGGUAUGCCAGCCUGUGUUGACUACCCAAGGGAGGCUUUACCCUCUAUGCGGAGUGAAUGAGGGUGAGGUGGGGUGAGGGGAGGUGGGGGGAACGGGAGAAGGGUAGGGAGGGGAACAGUGGCUGUUAUAUGAAAUGGAAAAAAUUAAAUAAAAUAUAUUUACUGAAUAUAAGGUUUUAAUAAAUUAUUUUUAUUAAUUAAAAAAAUUUGCCUCCAUUAGAUUGGACUUAUAAGCAGUCUAUAAGCCUGUAAGGCAUUUUCUUAAUCAGUGAUUGAUGGGGGAGGCCCAGCCCAUUGUGGGUGGUACCAUCUCUGGGAUGGUGGUCCUGGAUUCUAUAUGAAAGCAAGCUGAACAGGCUAUGGAAGCAAGUCAGUAAGCAGUGCUGUUCCAUGGCCUCUGUAUCAUCUCCUGCCUCCAGGCUCCUGCCCUGUUUGAGUUCCUGCCCUAAGUGCUUUUGAUGAUGAACUGUUAAAUGAAACUGUCAUUGAAAUAAACCCAUUCCUUCCCAACUUGUUUUGGUCAUGAUGUUUCAUCACAGUAUUAGUAAACCUAAGACAACUACCAAAAGCAGAAAUGGGUUCACCCUCUUGUUCUUUUGCUUUCUACCAUGUGAGAAUAAGGCAAGAAAGCACUCAUCAGAUGCCAUCACUGUAAUUUUGGACUUAUUGGCCUCCAAAACUAUGCGGAAAUGUAUUUUUGUUCUUAAUGAAUUACAUAGUCUUGGGUAUUCUGCUAUAGCAGUAUAAACAGAUCAGGACUAUGAGUAAAUAAAGGUAAUGAGGGGUAGAGUGAGGGCAUGAUGGUCAUGUUCUGCAGAGCAUAAGGAAUUAGGGGUGACAGUAAACACAGUGUAGAAGACAGAACUGACUACUCAGCAGAGGGGGUAACAGAGGCACCAAGCAUCAGAGUGAGUAGAAAAGGAGGUAGUCAUGUAGCAAAUUAGAAUUAGCAAGCCUAGGACAAGGUAGGACAGUAUUAAAGAAUGUAGAGAAAUGUGGGCCUACUGUGAGGGCAAGUAUCCAAGUUCUGUACAUCUUUUGUGUAUACCCAAUCCUUCUCUUCCUGUAUCUUUCUGAUAUUUCUGAGUUUCUCCCUGUCUUCAUCUCCCUUCAUUUUUGUGUAUAUGUUAAUGUUUUUCUUUCUCUUGUAUCUUCCACUCUCUAAGAGAGUUUACAUUAGGGAAAGUGGUACAGUCCCCAGCCCUCUAGCUUCUGUGUUCCAGAAUCUAUAGUUCAGACUGAUGCUCACAGAGCCCAGAGUUCCAGAAUGUCCCUAUUUUUGAUGAUCACAGGAUGAGUCUGAGGCAAGGAAUCAGAUAGAACGGCUUUUGGGUGUCAUGCAGGCCUGGGGCACUGUUGUAGUGACCCUGGCCACCCUGAUGGUUGCCACUGUGGAUGCCAAGAUUUAUGAACGCUGUGAGCUGGCAAGAAAGCUGGAGAAGGCUGGCCUCAAUGGCUUCAGAGGCUACACUGUGGGAGACUGGCUGUGCAUGGCACACUAUGAAAGUGGCUUUGAUACCUCCUUUGUGGACCGCAAUCCAGAUGGCAGCAGUGAAUAUGGCAUUUUCCAGCUGAACUCUGCCUGGUGGUGUAACAAUGGUGUCACAUCUACCCAGAACCUCUGUCACAUGAAUUGUAAUGACCUGCUCAACAACCAUAUCAUUGAUGACAUCGCAUGUGCCAAGCACGUUGUAUCCUUACAUAAGAGUAUGAAUGCCUGGGAUUCUUGGAGCCGGCACUGUGCUGGUCAUGAUUUAUCUGAAUGGCUCAAGGGGUGUGAUGUGCAUCUGAAAACUGACUCAAGCAAUACUGAUUGGUGACUCAGAUUUCAUAAGUAUAGAGAUUCCAUUUUUUCUUUUGUGGGUUUAAUAAAAAAUGGCAUCUAUAACUAAUGCAAGAUCUACUACCUGUCAGAUGUUUUGAUUUUCUUCAUGUUUUUUAGUGUCUGAAAGUACUCCCAUUCAACCCUUUCCUCCAUAGCUUUAUAGAUCUAAUCUGGAGAUACAAGAUCACUUCAGGGUUGGGGAGGAUGGUAUAGUAAUCAAGAGCAUAGAUUUUCUUUGGUUUAAAUAUCGUAUCUACC